GCAUAAUGUUAUUAGUUUGCCAGCGUGACAUUACGUACUGACUAUGUUGCCUUUCGGUUUUCGAUAUUUUAAAGUUUUAGUGUUGUCGAUCGAAGCCAUAAGUAUAUUGUAGUGCAAGCUGUAACAGUGUGCUAGACGGUAAACAUAUAAUCUGCAACGAUGUCGAUCUCGAAUGACGAUUCGGAUGAAGGGAAGUCUCCCGUUAUACUGUAUCGAAGACCUUCAAAGAAAAGCGAAGAUGCAGCGCGCAAAUCUAUACAGCGCGAAACACGACCAGCAGUAGUCGGAUUGUCCCGCCGUUCACGGUCCCUAAACAAAAGGUCAACCGUAAAACACAAUGUUGAAGGAAACCUACCACCGUCUGCCGUCAGCGCCCAGCCUGCCGAGGUCGUGCAGCAACCCCGUGAUGUGGAUAUUACCACUGUGGGAGCAGUGGCAAUCCAAUUUGAUAAUAAUAGGCCAUUAGAUGCUCUCAGCAUACAGCCGACUGCACAGCUAGUACAGCCGCCUAUUACGGACAUUAAUAGGAUUUUAAACGAUACAGCCGUAUUUCCGGUACGGGAUCCGAUGCUGAUCGAGAUCCAUGCGCCACCGCCCUAUCCUGUGGACUUAAUUGAUCCCCAUCAGCGGCAUGUCUCAAUUACGGCCGCCGAUCAUCAGCUGGACCGAAUAAAGCUGCUGCAGACGGCCGGCACAUCCGUUCGGCAGUCGGCCGGCCUAAAGGAAAUUAAUUUGCACAAGUUCUUUGUACGCCGACCCAGUGUCCUAACGGAAGCUGCAAUGCGACUGACAAUCAAAAGAAACUCACAGGAUCGGGAUCGAGCAAGCACACUGGCUGAUAGUGCUGCACUGGCAAAUGAUCUACCAACAGAUGCGGCUGAGGCCGAGAUAUUGGUGUCGGAGCGAAAGGCGCUUCUGGCGGAACUGGAAACGGAUGACUCAAGAAGAUUCAAAGAUGUCUUAGCGGAUAUCUUGAAACCAACGUAUAAAAAAUGGAGUAAAUUAUGUCAAGAAGAAUUCCCUGAUGGGAUUAUGUGGAAACCAGAUGGAAACUUGGCCGCUUUGGUUAUUGCUUAUUUUGAGGCUUGCUCGUUAAAGGGAGCAAAAUUAAAUUUGAAGAGCUUUUUUAUGCGAAAUCUCCCACCGGUAUUAUGGUUGCGGCGAAGUCUGCUGUCGCUGAACAUCAGUUUCAACAGUUUCGAGGAGAUGCCCGAAUCGCUUUUUCAUUUAAAAAAAUUAGUCGUCCUGAAAGCUCGCAACAAUCCCAUUAAGACAAUCGGAAACGGAAUCCAGAAACUGGAGAAUCUUCGCUAUUUGAGCCUUAGUUUUUGCAUGUUCGAAACUUUCCCAGAAAGCAUUUUUGGAUUGACCUCAUUGGAGAUUUUAGACAUUUCCUACAAUCUGCUCAAUAACAUUCCGCGAGACAUAAUCAAAUUGAGGUCCCUUCGAGUACUGAAUGUAUCCGGUAACAUUAUGAGCGAACUACCGGCAUGUUUGGUGCGCCUUCCCAAACUAGUUAAUAUAAUCGCAGCGGACAGCUACGUCACUCUGACAUGGGGCCGGAAAUCGCCCACUACUAGCCGCCAACUGUGCUCCCUGCAGGAAUUAUCCGCAGAUGCCGUAGCGGCUUUCCUGACCAAUAACGGACUCGAACCGCGGCAGCUGUCAUCGGGGGCGCUUCCGCAGCAGGUACAAAAGAUUCUUCAUACCGCACAUACGUGUGAAUGGUGCAGUGGGUGCCGAUUCGGACACGGGCACGAACUGGUCAAGGCGGAAAAUUUACGGCGGUUGCGGUUUGCCUCGUUGGUCAUCAAGUAUCAGGUGUGCGAGCGGUGUUGCAGUAAUCCCUACCGGGUGUUCAGUGCAAAGGAUCUGGAACGCUAUAUAAAUGCCGGAUUGAAGGAACUGGAGAAAAUGGAAAGAAAUGAAAAAGAUAAAAGAGAACGCGAGAACACCGUUAAAAGAAUCAAAAAAUCUUUGAAAAGCAAAAGAAAUACCAGUCAGUCUGUGUAGUUGUUGUGAAAUCAAAUACUCUUUCCUUGUUGGUUAUCAACGAUAUGAAUACUAGUACCAGUUUUUUUCUACGUUAGAAUGUGACAAAAGAGUACUUACUAUACUUGUUGUAUACUGAAUAUAGCUAGGAAAAACAUCUUCAUGGUAACUUUUAAUUCAUGGCAUUUUUAAUUCUCAAUGGGUCAA